ACUGUGUUUGUCUCACUUGUUUAAAUGGACAUCCCGAAGGAGAGGGGCGAUCUGGAGGAAGUGGAGAUUGACCUGGAAGAUUCCAGUGACGUGGAGGAUCUGGAUGACGGGGAGCGAGCGGAGGCGCCAUGGAGGACCCACCCUGACCUGCGGGACGAAGAGGAAAACAUUGAUACGUCUUCUUUGGUGGAUAUCAGCGAUACCAAACCUCUGCUCAAUAUCAGAGACCCUCGAGGGAUCAACGACUGCCUCAAGGUGACGUUUGAGGACGUUAUCGCAGAGCCGUUGUCAGUGCGCAGCGGCGACCGAGUGUGGAUCUGGAGCCACGCCCUGUUCGAGGUGAGCAGGGUGUGGAUGUACCGAGUGUUCACGGUGCUUCUGGCCCUUCCCAUGUCUCUCCUCUCUGGGCUCCUCUUCGCCGUCCUCAGCUGCCUCCACGUCUGGAUGAUACGCCCGUGCAUGCAGGCCAUUCUUAUCGGAACUCGCUGGCUGCAGAGCCUGUGGAAGGCGACGCUGGACGUCCUGGUGCGCCCCCUGCUGACCAGCGCAGGACGAUGCUGUGGCGGCUUCAGCGUUCACCUGGCAGAGAAUUGACACAUUUUUCUUUGGUUUUUUGUCAAGCGGACGUUCUUAUGGUUGAAUCUUGAGAUCAUAUUUACUGUUUACUACUGCUUUGCUCACGUAAUAACCUUUCUGCGUGCUUCAAACAGCCAACAAAGUAACUUUCACAUGGAAAUAUUUGGGGUAUUUGAAAAAAAAAACAAAAAACAUAAUUCUUAUUUUUAAAUCAUGUAAACAGUUCCAGUCAAAAGUUGCUCACAUAAUUGAAUGACAAAGUGAUGUGACAAAAAUUCAGACAGCUACCGUAUAAACAAUGAUAAACAUAACUAUUGUAUAAUACAUUUUUUACUUAUUUUCCGGACUAUGAGGCACACUUAAAAUAUUUUUUUCCCCUCAAAACUCGACAUUGGCCUUAUAACACGGUGCGCCUAA